AUGCGUACUCGCACACAAUCCAAAAAUGAUGCAGAAGGGGCGCAACAGCACGCCUCGGACGCACAGACCCGCAAGCGCAAGAAUGGGUCUGACUCCUGCCCCUCCGGCGAUAUAGACGUUGAACCCAGGACGACACGGGCGGCGGCAAGAAAAAAGCAACGUCGGCUGCCGAGCAUCAUCGUUGUUUCCGACGAUGACGCUGACCCCAGCGCGGCGGUAAACGAUACCUCAGAUGGCAUUGAAAUUAUCGCUUACCCCGGAACAGACCAGGCACCGGAGAACGACGAAACAAGGUGGCUCCCACACACCCAGCUUGUUCGUUCAAAGUCAGAAAGCAAAGGUUGUCCGCUCCCGAUUCGCAGCCAAUCUCGAGAGAUACAGCGAGUCAUCACGGAUGGUCUGCGACUCGCUAGACGAUGGUUUGUUUUGGGUGGCGGUGACUGCGACUGGGUUACGAGGGCGAUCAAAGGUGACUUGACGGAAAGUUUCAUGAGUCCCUUCGCAUUUCAUGGCGCGGAUAUGGUGUAUCUUUCCGCCAUGAUCAGUGUUGCAAAGGAAAAUGGCCUUACUGACAGAGGAGACGUUGUCGAUCGACUUGAGAAUGGAUCCACCGACUACACUACGCCACUGAUCACUUUUGGUGCCGUACGCCUCAGAAAGUUCUGCACAGGCUUCAAAGCUGCUGUUCGACAUGUGGUCUACCGUUGUCUUAGGCUGAACUCUAUGACCAAGCGCGAGGUCUCUGCCCUGAUUGACCACAGCAACUAUAUCUAUCCUGCGGUUGAAAAGAAGUUUGAUAAAACCAAGCCGUUCGAAAGUGAAGUAUUAGCACAAGCUAUCAGGGCAGCAUUCUUUGUUCCCAAGACCUCGCAAAACCAAGGGGAACACUCGCUCGACUUGGGCUUGGUUCAUGGCGACAACUUGAUCUCAUCCGACAGGACACGACGAAACGAACUUGAGGUGUCUCCUGGCAUGCUACUGCUUGCAGCAGCCGCUGUUGCAGCCGUACUUAAUGACAAACUUGCCGGUGGAUCUUCAGAGUUUUCUGGGCCACAUUACGAUUCCCUGUUCAAGGAACACCUGGUUUUGCUCGCUACGCUACGGAAGCUUAAGCCAGUUGCUUACCACAGGCUAAUGCAUGGGAUUCUGAUGAAGUGCCGGAGUGAGAUGCCCAUCAUGUCUGGUCGAUCCAAUGCCCUCCUCAGCGAUGUGGAGUGGGAUUCGAUUGUUGGGUGAUCACAGAAGGGUAAAAGUGUAGCUAGGUCGUUUAUGAUGUGUUUAGCACGUACAUAUGACCCGACUGAGGUUUUAUUGAAAGC